AUGAGACUCAGAUCUAUCAGUGAGAGAGGACAGGAGGAGGACACAGGAGGAGGAGACAGGAGGAGGAGACAGGAGGAGGACACAGGAAGAGGACACAGGAGGAGGAGACAGGGGGAGGGCACAGGAGGAGGACACAGGAGGAGGAGACAGGAGGAGGGCACAGGAGGAGGACACAGGAGGAGUAGACAGGAGGAGGACACAGGAGGAGGACACAGGAGGAGGACACAGGAGGAGGAGACAGGAGGAGGAGACAGGAGGAGGAGACAAGAGGAGGAGACAGGAGGAGGAGACAGGAGGAAGAGACAGGAGGAGGACACAGGAGGAGGAGACAGGAGGAGGACACAGGAGGAGGAGACAGGAGGAGGAGACAGGAGGAGGACACAGGAGGAGGACACAGGAAGAGUACACAGGAGGAGGACACAGGGGGAGGACACAGGAGGAGGAGACAGGAGGAGGGCACAGGAGGAGGACACAGGAGGAGACAGGAGGAGGAGACAGGAGGAGGACACAGGAGGAGGAGACACGAGGAGGAGACAGGAGGAGGAGACAGGUGGAAGAGACAGGAGGAGGACACAGGAGGAGGAGACAGGAGGAGGACACAGGAGGAGGAGACAGGAGGAGGAGACAGGAGGAGGACACAGGAGGAGGACACAGGAGGAGGACACAGGAGGAGGAGACGGGAGGAGGACACAGAAGGAGGAGACAGGAGGAGGACACAGGAGGAGGACACAGGAGGAGGAGACAGGAGGAGGACACAGGAGGAGGACACAGGAGGAGGACACAGGAGGAGGAGACAGGAGGAAGAGACAGGAGGAGGAGACAGGAGGAGGACACAGCAGGAGGACACAGGAGGAGGAGACAGGACGAGGACACAGGAGGAGGAGACAGGAGGAGGAGACAGGAGGAGGAGACAGGAGGAGGACACAGGAGGAGCCCACCUGCAGAACGAUGUGA